CCAGGCCCCUCUAGCACCGUUCCCCACUAAAGAUUUCGACCGUGGACGUUCGCCACUGUGGAAGAUGUGUUUCUCGUUAGGGAUACAUUCUCUCAGUCCAGCCGUAGGCGCUACCGUUUAAAAAAAAAAAUUGCUUUACAUCGGUGCUGCACUCGGUGUAAAUACAUAACAACGGAUAGUGUAUGUAAACAUGUGACAUUUGCUCUCUCGGACUUGGUACGUGACUGCUACCAUGAAACAGUUUCGACGUACUUGCUGAAUAAUCAACGUGGUUCGCGCUAGAGUCGCGGUGCGCCUGUUUCCUGACGCGAGUGCAACGAAAAACGAUACAACUGGGAUAUAUUACCUCAUUCUCCAAGUUCGGAUUAUGCAGCUGAACUAGGUGGGGACAGCGGCGCGGCUGCAGACGUCCCACGGUAACCCUGACGCAGUGGCCGUCCUAUGAGCGCAGCCGCCGGGUGACGCCGCCGGGGCCAUGGAGCAGCAGCCUCAGCACCAGGUGCAGCUGUCUCACGACGCCAGCGCCGGGCAGGCGGCACAGCAGCAGCAGCAGCAGCAGCAGCAGGCGGCGCAGCAGCAGGCGGUGGUGGCCGUGCAGCAGCACCACCAGCAGCAGGCGGUCAUGGUGCCCACGAGCGGCAUGCAGCAGAUAGCGCAGCAGGUGGCGGUGUCGAUGCAGCAGACGCCGACGGCCAUCGCGCCGGCGCCGACCCCGCAGCAGCAGCAGCAGCUGCAGCAGGCGCAGCAGACGCAGCAGCAACAGCAGGCGCAGCAACAGGCUCAGCAGCAGGCGCAGCAGCAGGCGUCGCAGCAGCAGGCGCAGGUGGUGGCCGGAGCGCCCGCCAUCACCACCAUGUCGACGCUGCACCAGCCGCUGGCACCCGCGACGCCCCAGCCCCAGGCCGCGGCCCCGCAGCAGGUCCACGAGUGGGGGCACGGCAGGGUGCAGGUGAUCCAGCAGCCGCUGCAGAACCCGACGUACCUGCAGCAGCUGUACAACACGCAGGGCCAGCUGCUGGUGCCGGGCAACCUGCAGCUCCACCCCGCGCCGCCCGGCAUGAACCCCUCCUCCAUACACGUGAUCGCCGCCGGCAAACCGUUCCCGGCCAACCAGCUGCCGCCGCAGAUGAUCACCGCCCAGAAGUCGGUGCUGCAGGGGCAGGCAGCAUCUUUCCCCGGCUACGCGACGAUACCGACGACGACGAAUCAGACGCUGGUAAUCAGCCAGCUGGGUGUGAUUAGCAACCAGCCCAACAUCCUGCCAGCACACUCCGCAGCAGGGGGGAAGCCCGCUGACGUGCAGAAGGGCGCCGCGCAGCCGAUGCAGUUCUCGCCGUGGCAGUUCGCGGGCACGACGGGGCUGCCGCAGGGCAUCGCCUGGGCGGCCACGACGCCCGGCGCGCUGCAGUCCAGCACGGCGCUCUUCUCCGCGCAGAACCCCAUCUUCAUCAGCCGCAGCGGACCGGGCGCCCCGGGCGGGGACCCGAACGCGACUGCGGCGAGCGUCUUCCUGCAGAGCCCGCCCCCACAGCUGCAGCAGCACUCCCAGCUGGCGCAGGCGAGUGUGCAGAGCGUGACGCAGGUGGCAGCCGCCCCCGUCCAGGGGAAGCCGGGGGGCGGCGGCGCUGCCGGCGGUGCGGUGGUGGGCGGAGGGCGGCAGGUGGCGGCCGGCGUGGGGCCCACCGCGGGCGGCGCCCAGGUGGUCGAGGUGGCCGGCAUCCAGCCGAAGACAGUGCGGCCGCUGUCCAACAUCCUGCCCUCGACCGCAACGACGACGACAAACCGGCCGGCGUCGUCCGUGUCGACGCAGACGGGUGGCAGUGUGACGGCGUCCCAGAUGAGCCAGGCGCAGGUGCAGACGCAGAAGGUGCAGAUGAAGGGGCGCGCCAAGCCGGGCCUCAGCCGAGUCUCGCCGGCACCUGCAGUCACCCAGAAGGCCGACGCCGCCAACCAGACGAAGCCGCAGGGUGUCGUCCAGUCGGGCAUGACGCCGCCGAAGAUUCUGCCGAAUACUGCAAUGCCCAUGACACCGGAGAAGCAACAACAACAGCAGCAACAGCAGAUGAUAAACAAAACACUACAGCAGCAGCAACAACAACAACAGCAGCAGCAACAGCAACAACAGCAGCAGCAGCAACAGCAACAGCAACAAGUGAUGCUGCAACAACAACAACAACAGCAGCAACAGAUGCAGCAACAACCGUCACCACAACAGCAGCAACACCAACAGCAGCAGCAGAUGCUAGCCCUCCAACACCAGCAGCAACAGCAGCAGCUGCAGCAGCAGAUGCUGCAGCUGCAACAGCAGCAGCAACAACAGCUCCAAGCGCAGGCGCAAGCGCAGGCACAGGCUCAAGCGCAGGCCCAGGUGCAGGCCCAAGUGCAAGCGCAAGUACAGGCCCAGGCUCAGGCGCAAGCGCAAGCUCAAGCUCAAGCCCAGGCCCAGGCCCAGGCCCAAGCUCAAGCGCAGGCACAAGUGCAGGCUCAACAGGUGCAGGCUCAGCAGCAGAUGAUGCAGCAACAACAGGCUCAUCAGCAGCAACAACAGCAGCAGCAGCAACCACAGCAACAGCCUCAGUUGCAACCUCAGCAGCAACAGCAACCACAACUACAGCAGCAGCCACAACAGCAGCAGCAGCAGCAGCAACAACAACCACAACCACAACUACAGCAGCAGCCCCAACAACAACAACAACAACAACAACAACAAGCACAACAACCCCAGCCUCUGUCGCAGCAGCAGCUACAGCAGCACAUUCAGUCCAAGCUGCCCCAGAUUGUGAUGCCGACCGUGCAGACGCAGACGCCGGCUCCCGCCGUGCUGCCGGCGGACACCCGCGGCCCGGCCACGCUGCCCGCUGCCGCGCCGGUCGUCGCUGCCACCGCGGCCGCCCCCGCCGCCACGCCUCCGCUGUCUGCUGCCGGCCUGCAGCAGCCUGUCGCACACGUGCAGAGCCAGCCGACGUUGGCCGUGCCCGCCACUCCCCCGACUGUGACGCCGUCACAGACACUGCCCGUCGCCGUCGCUCCGGCCGCGCCGCUGGCGGUGCCCGCCCCCCUCACAGUCGCGGCCGAGGACGACCGGCAGCAGGUUCCCGUGGGGCCGCCCACGGCGGAGGUGCCGGUCCAGGCGGCAGUGCAGCCGGACGUGGCCGUGGGCCAGCAGCCCAUGGACGUCGACGACCCGGUCACCGUUUCUGGUUUAGCAGCCACUGGAGUCACUUCCACCAAGGAGGACGCGAGGCCAAAGACUCCCGGAAUACCGCCGGCACAGGAGCGCGACAUCCAGCCGGUGACGGCGAUGGAGUGCGACGACGCGCAGGCUGCGGGCGUGCAGGCUACGCCCCCUCGCCCCGCGGCGGCGGCGACGCCCGCUCCGCCCGUCGCCGUAGCCCCCGACUGCCCGCCACAGCAGACGGACGGCGCGAACGCCAACAUCGCCCCGCCGCCACCCGCGCCCACGCCUGCACUGCCCACCCUCAAGAGGAGUCGCGGGCAAGAGGUGUUGACGCACGUCAUCGAGGGGUUUGUGAUCCAGGAGUCGUCGGAGCCCUUCCCGUCGCCGCCCCACAGCAGCGAGGACGACGAAGACGACGACGGCCACGGCCGCUGCAGGCCGCCGCGGCCCCCCGCGUCCCCGCCGGCGCGCCCCCUUACCGCGGUCGGGCUCGACAACCCGGCGCAGCGCGCGGCGUCGCCGGACCGGCUGGCGGGAGAGCCUCAGCGCAAGAAGCCGCUGACGGAGGCGGAGGCGUCGCGGUGCGAACACUGUGGCAAGACCGGCCUACGGGCAAAAUUCAAGAAGAGGUUCUGCACGCCGUCCUGCGCCAAGAGCAGCAAGAGGUCGGCACUGCAGAGGGCGACGGCCGACGCGGCCGCCGCUGCAUCCGGUGCGGCGCAGGCACAGGCGCAGACGCGGUCGCGGGCGGUCAGCGACGGCCCGGCGGCAGCGGCGAACGCGAACGGCGAUGGGGAGGUGCGGCGGCCGCUGCACCAGCAGAUCCUGACGCCGGCCGACCAGCGCGAGUGGCUGCGCAGUGCGAAGGACUGGAACGCCACCGGGGCGAGCGCGCCGACGCGGUCCUCUUCGUCGGCGUCGACAGCGCCGCUGGGAGCCGAGAGUGCGGGCGACGAGACGGAGGACUCCGGCGCGGAGAGCUUCGGCGCCGACAGCGGCGUGCACGCGGGCCUCGCGGCGCCCGGCUCUGGCGCCGCGUCCGCCGUCAUGGACGAGCAGUCGCAGGACAGCUGGGCCAGCUCGAACAACGCCGGCACCGACAACAACGGCAACCCCGCCGCCGCCAACAACAACAACGAUGACGCCGCGAACCGGCAGCCCAAGGUCAACCCGCUCAAGUGGUCGGUGACGGAGGUGUGCGAGUUCAUCAAGGGGCUGCCCGGUUGCGCAGACUACGUAGAGGACUUCGCCAUCCAGGAGAUCGAUGGGCAGGCCCUGAUGCUGCUCAAGGAGGACCACCUCAUGUCGGCCAUGUCGAUGAAGCUCGGCCCCGCGCUCAAGAUCUGCGCCAAGAUCGACACGAUGCGCGGCGCCGUAGGCGAAGGCGCGCCUGCGGCCAACGGCCCGGCGGUCGGCGUCCCCGUCUCCAGCCCUACCAAGUAGCUGGCGUCCACGUCGGCGUGUCGAGAGCUCUCGCACCGGGACAGAGCGUGACGACGUAUCCGUGCGAAAGUUUGCGAGCCAGAGAGGUAGCCUAUCCCGGUUUGACAUUUGAGCGACAAGAUACCUCGGUCGCUUCCUGCCGUCGUGUGCAUUUAAUACUUUUGGGAUCGGCACUGUACAGCGGCAGAGAGUGUGACCCAGACGGACCGUUACAAGGUGGGAAGAAUACGUGUGACAUCUAAUGUCUUCAAAUCCCUGUGAAACGUGCAGUAUUUCAGUUUGGCGUUUCUAGUUAGGCCACACUGAUCCACAGUUUACGUCUCUUGUGGGGGCCGCUCUCAAAAUAGCCCCCUUCAGACCCAUUUUUGUAUCCCCUUUCUACAGUGAGGGAUCUUUCUGAGUACAGUCGUCAGUGCGACACGUGUGAAUUUGUGCUAGGAAAUUUAAGGGUUAAGAAUUCUAUACACACUCUCACCGGCACUGUGGGGGUCUAAACGGCCACAGAUUCACGCGUAAUACUCCCCGUAGGUGACUGUAGCCCUAAGUAUCUGACGGCCUCAGUCCGAAAGAGGACUUUUCACAGCUGUGGCUGUCUGUAUCUCGGACGGGGGAUAGUGGCAGCUGUGAGGUGUUGGCCAGAGCACUCGCGGCACAUUCAGAAGCGAGCAAGUGUGUCACUACAGGACGGUAACUGCCACUGUGUUCCCUUUCCUGCACUGGCUGUACGUUUGGAGAAACCCUGCCCCCUGUGGUCACAAAUUGUGACAUUUGGUGAAAUCUCCACUGGGCUACCGAGAUACCUCUAAUGUUACACUUUUCACAAAACUCGUGGCUCGCAGUGUUGAAAGUAGAACUUAUUUAUCUUGCAAGUGCUUUGUAUUUGUGUGCUACUGUGACUAGAAAUUUCAUUAAUUCCACACACGUGUACUCUAUUCUGAAUACUACUUUCAGAUUACUUGACAAUUGUGCUAGUUUUGAGCUGAUUUUGUGCAAGCCAGAUAAACAUACCUUUUACUGGAUGCCAUUAUGUGUGGUUCCAGUGACACCUGUAUUCCUGUUUUGCAGGAAAAAAGUGUACUCCAAACUACUGUAACAUAUGUUCCUUUGUGACAGACAUGUUCCCAUUCUUACCAGUUAUUAUUGACAAUGAGGCUGAGGAAAUGGGUACAAAGGAGAAAUGGAAGCAGCGUUUUGUUUGCUGCGGAAAGGAGUGUGUUUCGUAAUCGAAACGGUUCUGUAAUUUGUGUAGAUUUUUCUCGAUCAGCAUGUUACUUAUUAAGAGAUGUGUGUUUUAUGUUUAUUGUGUAGGAAACUGUAAAGGACUUCAUCGGCUGUGACAUGAUAUGUUGACUGUUUGUAUAUUUUUUCCUUGUUUUUUUUUUUUUUGAAGCUGUAGCAGUAGAUUUGUUGUUCAUUUGUAUACAUUUACAACUUGUAUGUUUAUCUGUCUGUCUGUGUGUGUGUGUGUGUGAGUGAGUGAGAGAGAGAGAGAGAGAGAGAAAAUCAUAAAAUUUGGUGGUGCACAUCACGUUUUGCUUCCACCGAAUAACACUGCCAACCACCUCCUUAAUGUAAUGACUGACUGCUCUCAGCAAUCGUCCUGUGACCGCCAAAGAGAAGGCUUUCUGACUGAAGUGUGGAUGCUAGCGAGGCCUCAGUUCGGUCUGCAGUGGGAAGCCGAAGCACUGCCUGGAGUUGCCUCAAGCUAUUUGUCUGUGUGAGGCUAAUGUCCUCGUAUAAUUAGUGUCGGACACUUCCAAUAGGCUACUGUGAGGAAGCAAAGUAUUUGUACAAGGAAUUGCUCACUGUACCGGGUUUUCCUAGUUGUACACUGCGGCAGCAAAAGUGCAAAGCUGGAGGACACAGCAAAAAACUGACUACGCAAUCUUUCCACCGGGAUGCAAAAUUUGCUUAUGUUACUGGUAUGCAUUUCACUAUUAUAGUGAAGGUCAACAUUUUUAGCAUUCAGCACACGAAUGAACUUUUCGUGUUGCAGGUGCAGAAUUUGCUAGUGCAGUUAGGCAGACAGGUUACGGAAGCUCGCCACUAUCUUUUUCUCGCCUCGUAUAAAUGCUCGGGACGGGGCUCGUAAAUGGCUUCGGUCUUUGACAGAAAGGAUGUAUUCGACAUUUUUUUUUAAAACAAUUUUCCUACUGUAGAACAAACAAUGAUGAUAUUUAAAAUUAGAUUUUUAAAGCCGUGUACAAAAGUGAAAUAAUAUAGUGUGAGGUCGCUCAGCUGUCGAGACAGUGGGGUGCCGUCUGGGGCCGGUGUCGGUCGAAUCCCCACAGAGCCGUCCAGAUUCAGGUACUCUUUAGUUUACCUAAACCACGUGAAGUGAACGGUGGGAUGUCCCUCUGAAAAGGACGGGGACGUGGCAGGAGUGCCCGGCAUUCGUGUGGAGGCCGAACUGAGGCUGCGAGGCAAACGGGGUGGCGUUACUCUCGCGGGGCGCACCUCUCGCGAGAGCUGACGUCACGAGUGUGCGCUCGGCAUUUUUUGAAAUCACUGUGUAAACUUAGGUUUUUGAAUAUUGUACAGAUAUGUAACAAAAUAAAAGGUGACACGGCAGUGCUCGUGUCGGGCAUCCGAUUGCACAAUUUGUA